UCCCAUUUCCUUCCUGGAGAGCAAAAACUAACAGCUGUAACCGCAGAGCAAAAACUGUCCAGAAAUCCCAGGAUUUCUAGAGAAAGGGAGGAGGAAUCAGGUCAACAAACCAGCAUUUGACAAUUCCAGGGUUCAGCAUCAUUUUGCCAAAUUGCUCAAGAAGAAUUGAAACCCACCGAAGGAACUGAAAUCCAUUAAGCAACUGAAGAAGUUGAAAGUGAGGUCUGAAACAAAUCUGGACUCAACUUCUUCCUCGCCUCCUCCAUUGCUUUUGUCCAGUUCAACAUGGAUGUUGGCUGUUACCUGCAACGCAUCGGGUACCAAGGUCCUACCCAGCCAUCUGGGGAGACCUUGCUUCGUCUCCACCGCUGCCACCUCCUCUCGGUGCCCUUUGAGAGUCUCAGCAUCCACUGUGGAGAGCCCAUCACUCUGGAUUUACCCCACAUCUAUGACAAGAUUGUCCGGCGUCACCGAGGCGGCUUCUGCUAUGAGCUGAAUGGUCUUUUCCUGUGGCUACUGAAAGCCUUGGGAUUUGAGGCCAAAGGUGUGUCUGGACGUGUCCGAAACCGCUUCACUGGGCUUUACGGUCCUCCCUUGGACCACUUGGUGAUUUGGGUUCAGCUGGACGGGCGCCAACUACUUUGUGAUGUUGGAUUUGGUGAAGGCUUCAUGGAUCCAUUAGUGCUGAAACCAAAUGUGGAGCAAGUCCAGGAUGGUGGUAUUUUCCAGCUGGGUCUGACAGGGAACAUCUGGGUCUUGGAGAGACGGGCUCUGUCUGGAAAAGAGGGGAGGCCCUUAUAUCAGUUCACCCUUGAAGAGAAGAAACUGGAUGACUUUACUGACAUGUGCCUCUACCACCAGACUUCACCCAGCUCCAUUUUCCCAUGCAAAUCCUUUUGCUCCUUGCACAAGGAAGAUGGUGGGCGCCUGACCUACAUAGGUUGGCGUCUCAUUGCUACAAGAGGAGAAGAACGUACAGAGACCGCCCUGGAUGGCUCUGAGAUUCCAGCAGUACUCAGUGAGAAAUUUGGAAUCAAACUCGAGAAGACCCUGAAGCCCAAAGAUGAACAAAUUCUGCCUCCUCCCGAGGAAAACUUUUGAUGAGAAAUGAAAUUGUUAAUAUAGUUAUACUGUGAUAAGAUUUUGGAGCUGGUCGAUACUGGAGCAUAGACAAAUCACUCUUUUUAAAGGAUAGCUCACAAAUCAACUGGUUAGUAUGGGCAGCCAGAAUUCGUACUGGCCAUACAGGCUUGAUAAUUUUGAGCACUGUCAUCUGUAAAAGUAACUUCUCUGACAUGAUCUUUUGAGGAUCUCUUCCAAUCCAGUUCUGUAACUGAGACACGGACAGUCUUCCUUAAUCAAGUAGGAAAUAAGGUACCACUUAUAAAAAAAAGUGGGGAGGCAAGUUUAACUAAUUUACGACCUGGAAUGAGGAAGUGCCGUCAGAGUGGAUGAUGAAGCAGCUGCUCCCCCCUGUGGCCAGAAUCAAACAUCCCCUCAGGAGAAGUUAAAAUUGCCUCUGCAUCUGCCUGUCUUGGUCUCUGUUUGAUGUGUUUAUGGGCAUUGAAUGUUUGCCCUAUGUGUGUAUAAUGUGAUCCACCCUGAGUCCCCUUCGGGGUGAGAAGGGAGGAAUAUAAAUACUGUAAAUUAAUUAAUUAAUUAAUUAAUCAAUGUUCCCUCUAGAUUGCCAAGAUGGAUGGGGAUGGUAGGAGCUGUAGUCCAAGACAUAUGAAGGAAGUAUGGUGUUGGGGAAGUCUGGGUUUACUGAUUAUAGCUGGUCAAACUUCCUGGAGAAAUCUGAUCUAGAUAGUGCAUAAAGGUUGGGAAGUUACUUACUACACAUAUUCUCAUAAAUGGACUAAAGAGGAUGGCAUAAGACAUGCCUUCCACUUGAUUGGAACAAGAUGAAGCAAACUGGGUGUGCAUCUGCACUCUAGAAUUAAUGCAGUUUGUCACUAGUUUAACUGCUAUGGGUCAAUGUUAUGGGUCAAUCCUGAGAGUUGUAGCAGGGUGGGGCAGUGAAGGCUAAAGACCUUAUGAAACUGCAACUCCCAGGAUUCCAGAACAGGAAAGCAGUGUCAAACUGUAUUAAUUCUACAGCAUAGAUGAACCCUAUGUGUGUAAUUUUAAUCAUGGGGUAAAGCAAGGCAGCCCUUGCUGUUGUUUCCUUCAAGUUGGGUUCAGCUUACGGCAACCUUACAAAUGGUACUCCAAGAUCUUCAAUCAUCUGUUGUCUUGGAGCCUCCGGUGGCCUAGGGGAUAAAAGCCUCGUGACUUGAAGGUUGGGUUGCUGACCUGAAGGCUGCCAGGUUCGAAUCCCACCCGGGGAGAGUGUGGAUGAGCUCCCUCUUUCAGCUCCAGCUCCAUGUGGGGACAUGAGAGAAGCCUCCCACAAGGAUGGUAAAACAUCAAAACAUCCGGGUGUCCCCUGGGCAACGUCCUUGCAGACGGCCAAUUCUCUCACUCCAGAAGCAACUCUGUUUGCUCCUGACAUGAAAAAAAAUCUGUUGUGUUGCUCAGGCCUUGUAAAUGUAGGACUGUGCCUUCCUCGAUGGAGUCAACUCUUCUGUAAGUUCCCCAAUAGAAAGUUCUUCUAAGUUUACAUGCUCUUGCCUCUUCUCAAAUUCUGCUGAACAUCCAGAUAAGCCUUGUGCAAAACACUGAUAGCUGCCCUUUGCCUUAUGGACUUAGCAGAUAAAGGGGGGGGGGGGUUCAUCUCAAGAGAAUUUGGGCAUGAAGGUGAUAAGUUGGUAUCCUUCAGUCACAACUAGUGAAGAGAAAAGAGUACAUGGCACUGCCGGAGACAAGGAGAAGAUACCCAAGGAAGACACUUUUGGUUAAAGAGGAGAGACCAAAGCUGGAAGGAGGAAACAAAAUGUUUCAACUGGCAUAGACUAAGAACAUUGACAACCAGCGUGCAACUUAACAAGUGCCUCGGAUGCAAUGGCCCCACAGAAGGACAUACCCAACGUCCACAUUUUCAGCACCAGGGUUGGAGAUGUGAUUGUCCGCCCGGAUCUGAAUUGUUACCUGCUCCUGCCUCCUUUGCCGACCUCGCCUUGUGCCGAUCUGCAUCCUCUCCACCCUUCUUUAAGGGGUGGCCAACACUAUUUCGGCUCCCGAUGGCACAACUCCAUCUACGUCAUAAGAGACAACAAAAUCCUGGAAGCCGAAGACCUCCACACUGGGACCAGCAAAGAACCUCGUCUCCUGCACCCCAGUUGCUGUGAUGGGCAGCAUUACUUUGCCAUCUCUGGUGGAUCCUUUGGCAUCAUCCUCAGCCCAGGCAGUGUCACAGCGGUGAAAGACCUGACCACGGGGGAACCAGACCCUGCCACUGUUCCAGGACAACAUUCGUGGUCCAAGGAGAAGAUGGAAAGCCACCAGAGCUAUCUCUAUUGGCAACUGAAAGACAACUUCAGCGGAGAGCUCUUCUCUUUCCACCCCAGUUUCCUCAGCUUCUUGCCGGGUGGUCUUGGCUUCCUUAAAGGGUCGGCGUUCGGCGCUUGGGAACUGGUGGACACCAUCCACCACCACUCCGAUGAGCCCAUCACCAGGACGCAGGGCAUCUUUGUGAAGGUGGGCUGUGCUAAGGAGAAACUGGCCAAUGUUGGGACCAGCUGGAUGGCCUCGCUGUUGGAUUCUCCGGACCCUGGCUCUGUUGCCAUUGCAAUAGCCAAGGCCCAGUUUGCGUUACCCAUCCAAUUCGGAGGUCUUGGUCUUGACACAAAGCAGGAGAAAUGGGAAGAAGCCCGCGAGGUCGAGAUGAGCCUACAAUUCACACUGCAACCCAAUGAAGUUUCCUAUGUGUGGCAAUACCAGAUGGGUCUUGGGAAAGAGGUCAUUUUGUUUUGUAGAAAAAUCGAAAUCACCAACAGCCACGAUCCUCCCAGUGGGAUCCCUUUGCCUCCUUCCUCCUAAAUUUUAACCCAAUUGUUGCUCAAUUCUAUAGUUGCCUACCCUUUCCCGCAUUGGAAUAUUAAUGGAGCUCCUGGUGGUGCAGUGGGUUAAACCUUUGUGCUGGCAGGACUUCUGACCAAUAGGCCUGAGGUUCAAAUCUGGAGAGAGUGGGUGAGCUCAAACAUCUGGAAGUCCCCUGAGCAACGUCCUUGCAAAUAGCCAAUUCUCUCACACCAGAAGCAACUUGCAGUUUUUCAAGUAGCUCCUGAUACAAAAAAAUGGAAUAUUAUUGCCAAAAUAUUUUCUUCAUGUGUGUCUCAUGUGUGUCUUCUUCAUGUGUGUCUCAGUGUGCAAAACUUACCAUAAAUAAAGUGCUUUUUACAAAG